GGGCGCUAGGCAAAAAGCAUGAUCGCGAUGGCUGCUCACAUGUGAAAUGACACAAACACGAAGUUACAAAAAUUAUGAAAUGAAUGCUGGAGCACGGAACCAGUCGGGUAAAAAUGUGCUUUUCUUUAAGGGCAGUAACAAGGCAUUUGUGUAAGAAGUACCGCGCAACCUUGGGACUUUUAUCAACGGACAAGUUGAUGAUCACACCUGCUAUAAUGAGCAGCUCAUCACCUGGCAAUUCAGGAGCUAUAGAGGGCGCCGCAGUUAUUCAACAUCUUCACAGAGAUGGGGACAACACAGUGGCCUACAGGCAAACUGGAGGAAAGUCACCAGGAGUGAUGUUUCUCCCUGGGUUCAUGUCCAACAUGAAUGGAGGCAAGGCUUGUGAAUUGGAGAAGUAUUGUCGGCGGGCGGGAUUGGCCUAUGUCAGGUUUGAUUAUCAAGGCUUGGGGGAUUCACAUGGGCAUCUGCAGCCAGGGAUUAAGGCCUUUGACGUAUGGAAAUCAGACGCACUUGCAGUUCUGGAUCACUUGACAACGGGACCUCAGAUCCUUGUGGGUUCCAGUAUGGGUGGUGCCUUGAUGUUACUCCUUGCCUUAGAGAGGCCCCAUAGGAUAGCAGCACUGAUUGGUGUCGCCACUGCAGUGAACUUCACACAGCCAUUGAGCUAUACCGAAGCAGGGAAAUCAGAGGGCUCAUCCCACCCACCAGCAGAGGAAUUGAAGUAUGUGACACCACGCGAUUUUGUAGACAAGAGCUAUCAGCGAUGCUUAAUGAACGACCCCAUAGAGAUCAGCUGCCCAAUCAGAUUGCUCCACGGAAUGAGGGACGACACCGUGCCACACCAGACAUCGUUAGAUGUCGCGCAGAGAGUAGCUAGCAAAGACGUGGAGGUGAUAUUGAGAAAAGACGGCGACCAUCGCAUGUCGCAAGAGAGGGACUUGCAGUUGCUGACGAGAACCCUGGAAUCACUUGUUAAAAACAUAGAGACUGAUUGUUACAGUGGUGAAAGUAAACUUUAGUUUCCAGUGGGCACAAUUGCAAGAAUGGCUGUGAGGGUGCCAGGUUUAAAGGGAAUGUACAACAUUUGCUUUUGCUGCAAUUUUCAGAAAUAAAUGGAUUUGGAGGAUUAGUAUGUUAUAGAAAAUAUUGUAAAACUGACUUAAUUCACGUUUUGGACUUGUAGAUGCUGGAAAAACCAAGAAAACCUGUCAUAUUCUUGUAGUCUGGUUCCCUGACCCCACUUUAGAUGAAACGGAGCAAUUAAUACACUUUAGGGAAUUGUAAGG